UGAGACUGUUUUUGAUUGAGCUUUUCCAAAGUACACAACACGGAUAGCAUAUGCAUUUAUAACGAACGACUGGGCGGAAAAUAUCAACUAAGCAAAAAUAAAGCGUUGUUAAAAAGCAAUUUUACCCCUUUCCUCUAGAGGGCAGUAAAUCCGAGUAAACUUGAUAAACAAUCCUGUUUAGACGCUAGCUAGUCUGAUACAGACAGACGCUAACAUGUCGGAGUACAAGUCUGUCCAGAAAGGCUCUUUAAAACUGAAAGGAGUUUCUUUGCCAAGUAAAAAGAAAAAGAAGAAGGAUAAGGAAAUGAAGCGUUUGGAGGAACAAGUUUUGACCACUCAAAACGAGGAAGGGACUAAAAAAGCUUAUGUUGACAAAAGAACACCAGCACAGAUGGCAUUCGACAAAAUACAAGAAAAAAGGCAAAUGGAACGAAUUUUGAAGAAAGCCUCCAAAACACACAAGAGAAGAGUUGAGGAUUUCAACCGACACCUGGACACCCUGACAGAGCAUUAUGACAUUCCCAAAGUCAGCUGGACAAAAUAAAUAUUUGUGGAUUUUUCAGUUGGAUGCUUUGCUACCAUAUGAGCAUGUUUUUGUUUUCUUGUAUUAAGUGCUGCAGCAAAGUCUAGAGUGAUUUUAAGUUUUCAUUUAAAUGUUUAAGCCAUUUUGGAUGCAGUCAAACUAUAUAU